UUUAAAAAAAUUGUCCUACUCUAUUAAAUAUUCUAAAUAAGAAAUAAAUAUUUAAGUAGUAGAACCACAUAACAAAAAAUGAAAUGUAUUGACCAUGUUAUUUUUCUCGGUAAUGAAAUAAUACAUUAUGGACUUUACUUCAUCACCCCUGAAAUCUGAAUAGAUUGAACAUGAAAGAACCCUAUGUUUAGCCAGGAUCUUGUACUAAUCACUCUCAACUAGUUUUUGAAGUGAAAAACUCCUCACAUGUAACUUCUUAGAGCAUAAACCCUAACACUGCUUAAACCCUUUCUGAAAUAACUUUAGGGUCCAUUUUUAGUUCUUGGGGGUAUUAAAUUUGUCCAUCCAAAUCUCCGUGCUAUUCCAUUUUUUGGAAAGUAUUUGAGCAAUCAAUCAGAGGUCUCGACUUCUCGAUUUGUCUACUUGACAGGUUGAGAUGCUUGCAGGAGAAUAAUGACAUAGCCGCAGCUGGAACGUGCUAGUAUGAGGUUACAAUUUAUUAACAGAGGAUUGCGAUCUCAGUACAACUUAAAAUGCACCCCUGUAUUUGCUUAUUGCAAGAGGUACUCAGUUUCCAAUAAUGGAGAUUCCAACUUGGAUAGACCUGUCAGUUCCUUCAUUCCAGAGAGGAACCCCGAAUUUUCAGGCCGAUUGGAGAACGUGCAGAAUGGAGUAGAUAAUGCGCAUGGGUGGAACGAGGCUUUUUCAAGCAAAUUGGAGGGUGUAAGACAAGCAGUGGGUAAUGUUUGCAAGAUCUUGCAGAGUGGUCCUUGGGGACCUUCCAUGGAGAUUGCUUUAUCCAAAUGUGAUGAAAAUCCUAGCACUGAAUUGGUCACCGGAGUAUUAAGGCGGCUAGAGGAUGUCAACGCAGCAUUAAACUACUUCCGAUGGGCUGAGAAGACAACUCGUCAAGCACAUUGCCCUGAAGCAUAUAAUUCACUUCUCAUGGUAAUGGCCAGGACUAGAAAUUUCGAAUAUCUGGAACAGAUUUUGGAAGAAAUUAGUCUCGCUGGAUUUGGCCCAUCUAACACUGUAUCGAUUGAGUUGGUUGCAGGCUGUGUAAAGAAGCAAAAAGUUAAAGAAGCGUUUGAUCUAAUUCAAACCAUGAGAAAGUUUAAGAUUCGCCCUGCAUUUUCUGCAUAUACAACUGUAAUAGGUGCGCUGUCUGCUAGACAAGAACCUGAUCUCAUGCUCACGCUUUUUCAUCAGAUGCAGGAAUUAGGAUAUGAAGUAAAUGUACAUUUAUUCACGACAGUAAUUCGAGCUUUUGCUAGGGAGGACAGAGUUGAUGCUGCUUUGUCCUUGUUGGAUGAGAUGAAAAGCAAUGCUUUUGAUGCAGAUAUUGUCCUCUAUAAUGUUUGCAUUGACUGUUUUGGUAAGGCUGGUAAAGUUGAUAUGGCCUGGAAAUUCUUUCAUGAGUUGAAGGCGCAUGGUAUUUUGCCUGAUGAUGUGACAUAUACCAGUAUGAUUGGGGUUCUUUGCAAAGCUAAUAGAUUGAAUGAAGCUGUAGACUUGUUUGAGCAGUUCGAGUUCCACAGGACUGUUCCAUGUGCAUAUGCUUAUAAUACCAUGAUCAUGGGUUAUGGAUCUGCUGGAAAAUUUGAUGAAGCAUAUAGUUUGCUUGAGAGACAAAGACAAAAAGGGUCCAUACCGAGUGUGAUUGCGUAUAAUAGUCUUCUUACUUGCCUUGGGAAGAAACAAAGAGUAGACGAGGCAUUAAGGAUAUUUCAGGAGAUGAGGAAAGAUGCUGCACCUAAUCUUUCAACCUAUAAUAUUCUCAUAGACAUGCUCUGCAGGGCACGGAAGCUUGAUGUUGCUAUAGAAAUUCGUGACACCAUGAAGGCAGUUGGCUUGUUUCCUAAUGUAUUGACUGUGAAUAUAAUGAUUGAUCGUCUAUGCAAGGCUCAGCAACUUGAUGAAGCAUGUUCUAUCUUUGAAGCUAUGGAUCAUAAAGUUUGUAGACCAAAUGAAUUCACAUUUUGUUCUCUGAUAGAUGGCCUGGGUAGGCAAGGGAGAGUCGAUGAUGCAUACAGACUCUAUGAACAAAUGUUGGAUUUUGAUCUUAGCCCUACUGCCAUUGUCUAUACAUCUCUCAUCAGGAACUUUUUCAAGUGUGGGAGAAAAGAAGAUGGCCACAAAAUUUACAAGGAGAUGGUGCGGCGAGGAACUUCUCCUGACCUUACCCUCCUUAAUACUUAUAUGGAUUGUGUUUUCAAAGCUGGUGAAACAGAGAAAGGUAGGUCUCUGUUUGAGGACAUCAAGACUUGGGGAUUCACUCCAGAUGUCAGGAGCUAUUCCAUACUAAUCCAUGGCCUCAUAAAAGCCGGCUGUGCUCGUGAAACAUAUGAGCUGUUCUAUGCAAUGAAGGAACAGGGGUACGUGCUGGAUACUUUUGCUUAUAAUACUGUUAUAGAUGGAUUCUGCAAAUCAGGUAAAGUGAAUAAAGCUUAUCAGCUGCUGGAGGAGAUGAAAGUAAAAGGUCUUGAGCUAACUGUAGUAACAUAUGGCUCUGUCAUUGAUGGACUUGCUAAGAUUGACAGACUUGAUGAAGCUUACAUGCUUUUUGAAGAAGCAAAAUCUAAAGGUGUUCCAUUAAAUGUGGUUAUAUACAGUAGUCUUGUAGACGGAUUUGGUAAAGUGGGUAGAAUAGACGAAGCAUAUCUAAUUAUGGAAGAAUUAAUGCAAAAAGGCUUGUCACCAAAUGUAUACACAUGGAAUUGUUUGCUUGAUGCACUAGUGAAGGCUGAAGAAAUAGAUGAAGCCCUUGUUUCCUUCAAGUCGAUGAAGGAGUUAAAGUGCACUCCAAAUACUUUUACUUAUAGCAUUAUCAUUAAUGGUCUCUGUAGAGUAAGAAAAUUCAAUAAAGCAUUUGUAUUUUGGCAAGAGAUGCAGAAAGAAGGGCUAAAGCCCAAUAUGAUCACCUAUACGACCAUGAUCGCAGGGCUUGCAAAGGCUGGAAAUGUAUCAGAGGCUGAUAAACUCUUUCAGAAAUUUCAAGCCAAGGGAGGUAAACCAGAUUCUGCUUGUUACAACACUAUGAUAGAGGGGCUAAGCAUCGCAAACAGGGCAGUGGAGGCAUAUGAGCUAUUUGAAGAAACAAGAUUACGAGGAUGUAAUAUAUAUACCAAAACUUGUGUUAUUCUUUUAGAUGCAUUACACAAGGCUGAAUGCCUUGAGCAGGCUGCAAUUGUGGGUGCUAUAUUGAGAGAAAUAGCAAAAUCGCAGCAUGCUUCAAGAUCUUUAUAAUGUUGAAAUAUGUACUUUGUCACAAUAAAGAAUUUUUCGGUUUCAUAAUUCAAGGUCUGAUCUUUUAUUUCUUA